GGACCGGACCGGGCAGGACCGGCCGACGUCCGCCAUGCAGGAGGAGGAGGAGGAGGAGGAGGAGGAGGAAGGCGCCGAGGAGCCGGAGAAGCCGCUGCCGCUUCCCGCCAUAGACUUUCCCUCCGAGGGCCCGGACAUCCGAUUCGAUGAAUCCGAUGUUCCGGCAGAACUCCAAGCUGCGAAAGGACCUCUUCCUCAACUCACGUUCUCUUCUUCAGUUGCAAACCAGCUAUUGCUUGUUUCACUGUUAGAACAUCUGUGCCAUGUGCAUGAACCAAAGCCGGAUUCUUCCAAACGCAUGUUCCAAAUGCUCUGUCAGACUUUUACCAAAAUGGGAUUGCUUUCUUCUUUCACCUGCAGUGAAGAAUUUAGUUCUUUGAGGCUUCAUCACAACAGAGCUAUUACAGAAUUAAUGAGGGUAGUCAAACAGAAAGUCAUUCAUGAGGGUCAUCCUGAAGAGGAGUCUCACUUCCAGAGAAGCAGAGCAACAGAAGUAAACUUUGAAGCACAAACAUCUCGUUACUUAAAUGAAUUCGAAGAAAUGUCCAUCCUUGGAAAAGGCGGAUAUGGGAAAGUAUUCAAGGUCAGGAAUAAAUUAGAUGGGCAAUUUUAUGCCAUUAAAAAAAUUCUGAUCAAGAAAGCUACCAAAAGGGAUUGUAUGAAGGUACUUCGGGAAGUUAAGGUCUUGGCCGGUCUACAACAUCCUAAUAUUGUAGGUUAUCAUACUGCUUGGUUAGAACAUGUUCACUCAGAACCAUCAUGGGGUAAAAGGAUUUCUGUUAGGCGGCCACUUCUCAGGCUGUCAUUAGACCGGGAAAGUGCCAGAGAUGAACAUUGUGUUCAAAAUGAUGAAAGUAGUGACUCAUCCAUUAUCUUCGCUGAUUCAGCCUCAAAGGAGAGACCGUUUGGAGAAAAACGGGUUGAAAAUCUGAACAAUAAACUGGUGCAGUAUUCUGAUUCAGUCACAAGGAAUGAUAAUGAUUGUGAAUCAUCCCCUUACCUGCAUGGAGAUUUCAGAGUUAAUGCUGGUACUAGAUUGAUUGGUUUCGAACAUGGUCUUUCACAAGAGCACAGUUCAGAAAUAGAGGAAAAUUUCACCUCCACUGAGGAAUCUUCUGAAGAAAAUAUGUCCAUAGUUGGGCAAACUGAGAUGCAUUAUCAUCUAAUGCUCCACAUACAGAUGCAAUUUUGUGAAAUUUCCCUUUGGGAUUGGAUUUCUGAUCGAAAUAAAAACAGUGGAGAGUGUAUGGAUGAAUCUUCCUGUCCUUAUCUCAUGGGAAGUGUUGCAUCCAAAAUUUUUCGAGAGUUGCUGGAAGGUGUAUACUAUAUCCAUAACAUGGGAGUUGUACACCGGGAUCUCAAGCCCAGAAAUAUUUUUCUUCAAGGUCCUGAUCACCAUGUGAGAAUAGGAGAUUUUGGUCUUGCCUGCACAGAUAUCAUUCAAAACGAUACCGACUGGACAAAUGGCAGCAGCAAAAGGUUAGCACACACUUCAGGAGUGGGUACCUCUCUCUAUGCUUCACCAGAACAGCUACAAGGAUCUGCGUAUGACACCAAGUCAGACAUGUACAGUCUAGGUGUAAUUCUGCUAGAACUCUUCCAACCUUUUGGAACAGAAAUGGAAAGAGCGGAGGUUUUGACGGGUCUAAGAAACGGGCAGAUUCCGGCAUCCCUCAAAACAAAGUGCCCGGUACAAGCCAAGUAUAUCAGGCAAUUAACUAGGAAGAUCUCUUCACAGCGACCAUCUGCUGAUCAGCUUCUGGAAAGCGAACUGUUUAAUGAUGCUGAAAAUGUUACAUAUUCCCUACAGCAGAAGCUGCUUGAUCAAGAAAAAGAAAUAAGAGAACUCAAGGAGAAAAUUAGACUCCUUUCUCUAGAAAAGGAUACAAGAGAUGAUGUAGGCUCACCAGUCUAACUCCUACUGUUUUCAAGCUAUGUACAGUAUAGAGUGGGUGGAUUUUCUAAGAUAAGUAAAUUUAUUUAAGUGUUUUGAAAGUCCAUGCCUUCAAACUAUAUUCCUACUAAAUCUAUCAUCACAAAUGAACUCAACUAAAAAGAUACUUGGGCUGGGACCAUAUUUGAAUAAAUGUACAGGAUUUAGUGUUUUUACCUGUGUUUAUAUUUAAGUAAUAAACACACAUUUUAAAAAGUUU